UAACAAAAGUAUAAAUAUCAUAAAAUAUAAAGUAAUGCUUUUUUAAAUAAAACCUCGGUAUUUUGCGUGAGGGUUCAAAUUGUGACGUCAUGACGUAAAAAUGACGUCACUAAAACGACAACGCUGCGAGAUCAUGGAGGAUAGAAAGAAGAAGCCGCGAUUCAGCGAGAAAGAAAUUGAACUGCUUGUUCAGGGUGUUAAGGAAAGAUCGGACAUCAUAAAUUCAAAAUUCAGUGAUGUAAUCAAUAACUCGAAGAAGAAGCAAGCGUGGUUCGAAGUGAUGGAGGCCGUCAACGCGGUAUCUUUCUCGACAAGAACCGUUGACGAAUUAAAAAAGAAAUGGGACGAUGUGAAGAGGGGGACCAAGAAGAGGGCAUCUGCCGUACACAAAGAGCGGUGUAAGACGGGGAGCGGGAAGCUAGAUAUUUUGCCGCUUAGCAGUAUGGAAGAGGACAUUGUGUCAGUAAUGGGAGAGGAGCGAAUCUUCGGAUUCAGCUCUUAUGUCGACACAAUGAUUCCCCUUACACCCAGCAAAGCCUUCUCUGGAGAGAUUUCCUCACAGGAUGGACAAGGCGUUCCGGUAGCAUUUCACACACCCAGCAAAGCCAUCUCUGGAGAGAGUCCCUCACAAGAUGGACAGGGUAGUCAAGGGGUUACAUUAAACACACCCAAAGGAGGGAGUUUCACUGAGUGCACAUCGUCAGAUCCCCUAACGGUUACAAAGAAAAUAAAAAGACAACGCCCAUUUCAAAAUGAGGAACAUGAGAGCCUGUUGCUGCAAAGAGAACUAAUUAAAAUUCAAAGAGAGUGGUUGGAUGUCGAGAAAGAGAGACUUGGUAUAGAGCGGGAGAGGUUAUACAUCGAGCGCCGGCGGUUGGAGAUGGAGGAGCGGACGAGGGGUGUCUGUACCGCAUACAAACAACCAGAGGAACGUCGUACCCUACAAAUGGACCAUGAGCUCUUCCACGGAGCAUUUAUGCAAAUUUAAGGGAUAUUUUCCAUAGAAUAUUAAGUUAUAUCUUCUUCAAAUUGUUUUAACGCUUCACUUUUGUUACCUGUAUUGAAUAUAUUAAGUUUCAUUCUUGAGUCUAAUGGAAAAAGAUCACAUAUCUUUGAAAUUGAAUGUUAUUAUUUAUUAGAACAAAAAAGCAUAAAAGACGUACAUGGUAAAUGAAAUACACUUCGAAAGAUCUUCACUGUGUAAUUGUUGUUAUUUAAACUAAAACUGUUUCCAUUGCAUUCGAUUUUAAUCUUCUUAAAAAUCUACAAAAGAAAGGGUAAAGGAUUUUUAAAUAAUGAAAAAAGUAUAACAAAAAUAUCAAAUCGAGAGAGAGAGAGAGAGGGGGGGGGCAGUGAAUAACUAGUACGAAUACAG